AUGGAACCCGAUGAGAGGCGCCGGGUUCUCGUGUUUCAGGAGCAGAACCUGAAGCCAGGAACUCCCGACGAGAGUUCACAGCCCCCCCACCGCCGCGUGACCUUCUCCACGUCCAAUCAGGCGCAGGACCUGCAGGACGCGUCCCAGCACAGCUACUACGACAGCGGCCUGGAGGAGUCGGAGACGCCCAGCUCCAAGUCCUCGUCGGGGCCGCGGGUCGGGCCCCUGGCGCUGCCGGAGGACCACUACGAGAGGACCACGCCGGACGGCAGCAUCGGCGAGAUGGAGCACCCGGAGAACGACCUGCGCCCUCUUCCCGACGUGGCGAUGACCGGUAACUGCACCCACGAGUGCACCGAGUUCGGCCACUCCGACUCCUGCUGGAUGCCCGGCGAGCCUUCCCCGACCCACAAGCUCUCCACCUUCGUGCCUUACCAGGAGAUGGACGGGCAGGAGCAGCUGAUGGCCAACGGCAGCCCCAAGGCCCCGGUGGAGGAGCGCGGGACGGGCGGGCGGCUCCAAGGCGGGCCAACAUGCGGUUCAUGGCGCCCUACGGCAGCGCCUACCCGGGGGGCGGAGACUCGUCCGGUAGAGACUGCGGGCUGGAGGAGAUCCCGCUGAGCCAGGCGGUGGAGUUUCACUCCGCCUCCACUCCGACCGGCCACGCCUCCAAGAGGGAGAUCUACCUGUGAGGGCGCGGCUCUCCACCUGUACGAACCCCACCUGUCCACGCCCCUCGCCAUCCGCCCGUCGCUGCUCGCCACCCCGCCCCCUCACUGCCGCCCCCUGUGCCUGAAUCUCGC